AUGGCCUCCCCAAAAUGGGUCAAGAAAAGCUCCUCUCAGGGCGUAUCCAACGAACUGUACUGGCGGGGUGAUGUUCAAGUCCCCAAUACACGUCUAGCGGACGGGCCUUCGGCCGUGGUCUACCACCAUAAGAUUUAUUGCUUCCACCGGGGCAGUGGCAAGAGUGCCGAUCUGUGGUACAAUGUCUAUGACGGGUCGCAUUGGUAUGGCGACACCAAGGUUCCUAACACAGGCAUGUCAGCUGGGCCAUCCGCCGUCCUCUUUGAUGACAAGAUCUAUGUCUUCCACCAAGGAAGUGGUGGUAAUGGCGAGCUAUGGUACAACGUCUUUGACGGUUUCAGGUGGCACGGAGAUACCAAGGUCCCCAACACCGGCAUGUCAUGUGGGCCAUCCGCCGUCCUCUUUGAUGACAAGAUCUAUGUCUUCCACCAAGGAAGUGGUGGUAAUGGCGAGCUAUGGUGGAACACUUUUGACGGUUCCUCGUGGUGGGGGGAUAAUAAAGUCCCCAAUACAGCCAUGUCAGCGUCCCCUGCUGCUCGAUAUGUUCCCUACGACAGAAAGAUUUACGUCUUACACCAAGGUGGUAAAUAUAACGGUCAACUUUGGUAUAAUGUUUUCGACGGCUCCGGUUGGUAUGGCGAUACGCAUGUUAUGAAUGUAGCCAUAUCGACAGCGCCAUCUGCGGGAACGUAUAAUAGCAAGUUAUUCUGUUUCCACCAGGGGGGCAAGAACAACGGCCAGCUAUGGUACAGCGAAUUUGGUGGCGAGUACUGGGAAAGCGAUAGCCGGGUACCGAAUACGGGGCCUCAGGUCUAA